AUGCUUGGAAAACUCGUCACCCUGUUAUCUAAUGCUUGGUCAUGGUGGUGGCAAACCAGCAAUGCCAAAGACGAGCAUGCCCUUGUGCUUCUCACUGCCACUAUCGUUGUUCUCACCCUAUCCUGGUUGGCAUUGAUGUACUUCAUCAACAAAUCAAGAAAUGGACGCUCAACACCGCCAUUGCCACCAGGUCCAAGAGGUUUGCCUCUUGUAGGAAACCUUCUCUCCCUUGACCCCGAGCUUCACACUUACUUUGCAACCCUGGCCCAAACCUACGGUCCUAUCCUAACCCUGCGGCUGGGUAAAAAGGUUGGUAUUGUGGUCAGCUCGCCCGGGGUGGCGCGUGAGGUGCUAAAAGACCAAGACACCACCUUUGCCAACCGAGACGUCCCUGCAGCAGCCAAGGAGGGUACAUACGGUGGCUCAGAUAUAGUGUGGACACCGUAUGGCCCCGAAUGGCGCAUGCUGAGGAAGGUCUGUGUACGUGAAAUGCUUGGCAACUCCACCAUGGACUCCGUUUAUAGCCUUCGACGCCGGGAACUCCGGCAGACUAUCAAGUACUUCUAUAGCCUGGCAGGGUCACCGGUGAAUGUCGGUGAACAGAUGUUCCUGACUGUUUGUAAUGUUAUUACAAACAUGUUGUGGGGUGGAACGGUCAAGGUGGAAGAGAGGGCUACCCUUGGGGCGGAGUUCCGACAAGUGGUAACAGAGUUUACAGAACUUUUGGGGAUGCCAAACGUAUCGGAUUUUUAUCCGGGUUUGGCCCGGUUUGACUUGCAAGGAAUAGAGAAAAAGAUGAAGGGUUUGGCACAGAGGUUUGAUAGGAUCUUCGAGAUGAUGAUUGCUCAACGGGUGAAAAUGGCUAGUGCCAGAGAAAGUAAAGAUUUUUUGCAGGUUUUGUUGCAGCUCAAAGACGAAGGAGACGACAAAAUGCCUCUCACAACGAACCAUCUCAAAGCCAUACUCAUGGACCGAUAA